CAACAGGAGCAGGACCCUACCAACCUCUACAUCUCCAACCUGCCCCUGUCCAUGGAUGAGCAGGAGCUGGAGAACAUGCUGAAACCCUUUGGUCACGUUAUUUCCACACGGAUACUGAGGGACGCCAACGGCCUGAGCAGAGGAGUAGGCUUUGCAAGGAUGGAGUCGACGGAAAAGUGCGAUGUCGUGAUCCAAAAUUUCAACGGAAAAUUCUUGAAAACCCCUCCCGGCAUGACAGCCCCUGCAGAGCCGUUGCUGUGCAAGUUUGCUGACGGAGGCCAGAAGAAGAGGCAGACCCAGGUCAAGUAUCCCCAGAAUGGUCGACCAUGGACACGGGAGGGAGAGAGUGGCAUGGCGUUGUCGUAUGAUCCCUCUGCGAUGCAAAAUGGGUUCUACUCUUCGCCGUACAGCAUCUCCACUAAUCGGAUGAUUGCACAGACGUCAAUCACACCCUUCAUUGCUGCCUCCCCUGUCUCGACGUAUCAGGUCCAGAGUACAUCUUGGAUGCCACAUCAACAGUAUGUUAUGCAACCUACAGGUGCUGUGAUCACCCCGACCGCAGCCAUAGAGCCCAGUUUGUCUCUUCACCCUUCCAGUGUAAUGGCUCCUCUCGCCCAGCAGAUGAACCACCUGUCUCUGGGUACUACAGGCACUUACAUGCCUGCUGCAGCUGCUGCGUCUAUGCAAGGAACCUACAUUCCCCAGUACACUGCAGUGCCUGCCUCUGCCAUCACAGUGGAGGGCGUGGUGGCUGAUGCAUCUCAGCAGACAGCAGCCCCCUCCUCGCAGGACGUCAGUGGGCAGCAGCCUUUAUCAGUGGAGAAUACAGGAGAUCAUGCCACAGCCUACUCCUACCAGCAGUCUAAGUGAGUUCAUGGAUGUCUCUGUUACGUAAGUCAGAAGUUAAUAGUUGGUAAAACAAAAGAACUGAUGAUAAUAUGAGAUUCUGAUUCAUUUAUUGCUUAACCGUAGUGUUAACUACACCUAAUGCCCCGAUUACACAAGAGGCCAAGACUUUUCCUGUCUGCAGUUAAUUUUUUUUCAGUCCAUCCAGUAACUUGAGACAUAAGAAUUGUGA